CGAAAUGGAAGUUAGUAACAAUCAAGAUGGCUGCUACCAACUCGAGUAUACCCAGUGAUAGCCCAACAAAGAAAGAAGAUGAAUUCAACGAAUUUUAUUCAGAGGUGAAAGAGAUAGAGAAGAGGGAUUCGGUAUUGACUCCCAAACAACAAAUCGAUAGACUACUUCGACCUGGGUCAUCUUAUUUCAAUUUGAACCCUUUUGAAGUAUUACAAAUUGAUCCCUCGACUUCCAUAGAUGAAAUCAAGAAGAAGUAUCGACGUAUGUCAAUUCUUGUUCAUCCAGAUAAAAACCAGGAUGAUGCGGAACGUGCACAACAGGCAUUUGAAAUUGUAAAUAAAGCAUGGAAAACACUGGAGAAUGAAGAAACUAGAGCGAAAUGUAUGGAUGUUAUAGAAGAAGCCAAGGCUCGUACCGACCACAUGAUUGCUGAAAAAAAAAAGAAAUUGAAAAAAGAAGGGAAAACAGACAGUGGGGCUAUGCUUGAAGAAGAGACAGAGGAAGGUUACAGACACGCUGUUUGGGUUAUGACAAUGAAACUCUUUGCUGACAUGGAGCGCAGAAGGAGAGAAUUAGCCACCAGAGACGCAGAGCAGCGCAAGAGGAAACGAGAAGAAGAAUUAUCUGCGGAAGCGCAAGCCGCAUUAGAGCGUGAGUGGCAAAAAAAUUUUGAGGAAUCUCGACAAUCAAGAGUCGAUAGUUGGAAAGCGUUUCAGUCGGGUACUAGUGCUACGAAACAAAAGAAAGCUAAGAAACUGAAGGCCUUCAGGCCUCCCAAAACGAAAGCUGAAUCUCGAUAAUUAAACAGUUCUUGUUCCUGGCACCUGAGUAGAUUCCUUCAUUAAGUACAAUGUUUUUCAUAUUUCUCGCCGAAGAUGUUUUCUAAUCAUGUGACAUUAAAUUACAGAAUUCAUUAAAGGCAUUCGAGAUUGUUCUCAUUUUACGUUCAUUCGCUGAUUAAAGGCUGGAAUUUGAGGUUAGUUGAAAAAUAUCGAGUCAGGUGUCAAAGCAGGCAUUGUAACAAGUAGCUUGAUUAACAGAGUGCGAGAAUGAUUAAUGAGUGUAUCUUUCAAGAACAAUUUGUGUGUUUGUUGAAUGUGUAGGUAUGUAUGAAUGUGCAUACAUAGUUGUGAUACGUUUACAUGGCCCGUGUUAGUUAUUUUUGACAAGUUAUUUUUAAACUAAAAUGGCGUACACAUCAUUGCAUAGCCAGUGUCAAUUUUGAGGUUCAUACUUUUUUUUAGUAUAAUUAAACGUAGAGAAAAUUAAAUCUGUAGAAAGAAUUGAAACUUAUCGAAUAAUUGGUAAUGCAAUGAAUAUUUUGUUAGGUUAAAUUUGAAGUAUGAAAGUGAAGAUGAAGUAUACAAAUAUUCUAUUUUAGAAUAGGAUCUUUUAUAAGUUGUCAACGCUUACGUUGUACGUAAAAGCAGGAUUCUCGAUUAAUUUUUUAUAUCUUAAAACUUGUUAUAUACAAUUAGUGAACUCUAACAAACAAUUUUUAAGUAGCUGAACGGGCCAUGUAGUCAUGACUUCCGGUUUACCGCGUAAAACAAAUGUUGCAACUCGACGUACAUUUGGUCCAAUUGUAAUUUGUAAGAUUAUUGUCGUAGGAGAGAUGUCUGGAACAUUUAAACAGUCUUAUCAACAUAUGAAAGUCAAUGUUGUACAAGUGCCGAUGAGAGUGAGCGAUUCGAAAGGUUGUGCGUAUAAUGGCGGCCUCAGACGAUCACGUGUCUACAUCUCAAAAUGGAAAUUCAUGAACUCAAUUAGAAGCUUUACAAAUGACUUUGAAGAUUAGUAAGUUUGAGCAUUUAUGAAUCUGAAAAUUUCGGAUCAAUGACAUACUGAUCAUGUGGGACCGCCAUUAAACAAAAUUUCAGGUUAAAAUUUUUAUUAAAGACAUUAAAUCGAAUGAAUGAGUGUGAGAAGCAAAGUCUAUUUUUAAUCUUCUUUUUUCCUUUUCGUUUUUGUAAUAUAUCGCUCCAGAUCAUUGUCAACUAUUACUUCACGUAAUAUUAAUGUGAAUUUUUCUAUGAUGCCAUAUACAUCGCUAACACCGAUUUAUAUACCAGCGCAAAUAACGACCAGUUCACUGUUAAACAACGCCGAAUAUUGCAUUAAACGAUACACAGUUGUAAGAUACCUCGUUUGUUUACAUUUACGAAGAAGAAAAAGGACAAUAUUCUGUUACGCCAUCUUGUAAACAUUCAGCAUCGAAAUUGUGUUAAAGGCACUAUUUUUUAAUAUCUUUUUACGUUUAUUUCCAAUAUAUCGCUCAUUUAUGGUUAUAUCAAAUGUACGACUGUAUCAUAGUAUUAUUUAAUAGAAGAAGACAAAUUGA